AUGGCGCAUUCGGUUCUUCCCGCCACUUUUCGAAACGGGUUCAAGCAACCAGCGACAAAGGAGCACUGGAAGAUCAUAGAAGAUGAUGACCCCGAAGAUGACCGACCUCACUAUGAACUUCCCCCUGCGGUGGAGUGUGUCACCUCGUCUAAACACAAUUCCGCUGGCUUUAACGUCUUGAGAACCUGGCCGACGCUCUAUGAUGGUACCGCCUCCCCACACGGUGUCCCUGAGUGGUGGAAACCAUCGAAUCAAGUAGACGUUCUCAUUUGUGGAGCUGGACCCAGUGGCUUGGAAGUUGCGCUAAGUCUACUCCGUCAAGGCUUGACUUUUCGAAUUAUCGACAAAGCGCCCACCCCUCUGAUUGCAGGCCGCGCCGACGGCGUUCAGCCUCGCUUCCUCGAGACUCUCUCGUCUUGGGGUUUAGCCAGCGAGGUGCAAGAAGAAGGCCCACUCAUUGAACGCACGGCGAUCUAUUUCAACGGCCAAUUGUUGCAUCAUGGGCGAUCUCACCAGUCCGACUCACGCUAUCGCGGCUUACACAUUAUCACUCAAGGCCAGAUCGAACGCAUUUACAUCCGAGAUCUUCUUCGACACAAGAUGCUCGUAGAAAGAAACACCACGCUCAAGGAGUUUCAUGUGGACCAGAGUCAGAGCUCUAACUUGUCGCCUGAGUCAUAUCCAAUCCAUAGUAUAAUUGAAAAUGGUAUCACCGGGCAGCAGGAAACGAUUAAGGCAAAGUUCCUGGUGGGGAGUGAUGGAGGGGCUAGUUCUAUUCGAAAGCGGCUUGAUAUCCCUUUUGAUGGCAUGAGCACUGACUUGUAUUGGGGAAUUAUGGAUUGUGUCUUUGAGACGGACUAUCCACAUGCUUGGAUAUUUGGGCUCUACACGCAGCUCGACACCUCCCAACAUGGUCCUCUCGCAGCUUCACGGCAAGCGACAGAUCCCGAAGUCGCCGAAUCUGGAGGUCAGAUUGAUGUCGAGUCAAUUACUCCUGAUGAGGUAUUGGAACAAGCCAACAGAAUAUUUGCGCCUUACAAGCUGAAGUUCGGAGCGCCACUGAGUUGGUUCGCCGUGUGGAAAAGUACUUGA